AUGAAAAGCUUGACGGAAAAGCUUAUAAUGUACAGAAAGGAUAUCAUGGACGCAUGCAUAAACUUGGGCCUACCCAUGACGGUGAGGAGUACAUCCAUACAGAUAUUUGACAAGACCAUCGGAAAAAUACUUAGAGACGAAAAAGAAAUGAAAGAUGUAGUGUAUGCAAUAGUGAUACUUGCCUCUAAAUGUGAGGAGAUACACGGAAGCAUAGAUGCUCUUAUAAAGAAGCUUCCUGGGUCCAAUAAAGAAAGCAUUUUGAACUACGAGUCAGAGAUGUUUGAGGCCCUGGAUUAUAAUUUUCAUUUUCCAAGCCUGUAUCUCAGGAUGUAUGGAGUUCUUGCAAUGCUUCAGGAAAAGGGUGCUAUUAGAAUUGCAACUGAAGCUAUGGGCACAGCCAAGACCCCAGAAGACAACGAUGGAGAAGAACCCUUUGUCUACGAUGGAAAAGAAUGUGUUGUCCUGUGUAUCGACAAACUAUGGGCAUCUUCUGUACAAAAGAUGGACAAAAUACUUCUUUUAGACAAAGAAUCAUAUAAGGAAAUAGAGCUUGUGUAUGCAAGCCUCCUCCUCCCUUGCGAAGUGUUUAGCUCGCUUGCUUUUCCUUUUAGCCAAGAUAACGUUACCAAGCUCCGGAGUGCUUGCAGGGACUUUCGGUUCCCAGGCCAAAGCGGAAAUCUUGUACAUGUAUGA